AUUCACUGAACAAUUUCUUCCUCGCUUCUUUCUCUUUUCGAUGAAUCGGGAGCCAGCGAAGACCUUCAUCUCUCUUCCUCUCACAACAACGAAUCGAUUAGGGCUUCAUCUCUCCGAAAAUUGCAGAGGGAUCGGGAGCCGACGCAUUAAUCUAAUCCCAAAAUGCCGAAAUCGUAGUUGAAUUGACAGUCAACUUCGAAGGCUUUCAUCUCUCUUCCCUUCUCAGCAACAAAUCGAUUAAUCCUUCAUCUAAUCCUAAGAUGCAGAAAUGCCAGAUGAAUCAGGAGUCGACUUCGAAGGCACCAUGGUUGCAGUAAAGCUUCCCUUGGCUAAACUCACCAUGAAAGUUGAUAAGAGGAAAGCAAUUAUUGUGCGUGUGUUGCGGAAGUGGGUCGUGCCUUAUUCAGAAACAGAUAAUGGCACCAAGUUUGUUGAGCUUUUACUUGAAGACGAUGAGGGUGAUAGAAUCCAGGCAACCGUCGAACAGCCACAUGUCCCUAUAUUUGAUGAUCAAAUAGAAGAAGGUGGUGUCUACGCGAUAAAUCUUUUCACUGUCCAAAGUAAUGUCGGGCCAUGGAGACCAUGCUCUCAUGCAUUUAGGCUCUACUUCACAGAGAAUACAAAGAUAAAGCAACGAGUGGGAGACAAAACAAAACAGUUUAAAAGUACCCCGUAUAAGCUUAAAAGCUUUUCUGAAAUACAAAACAGUCCUGAAGAGAAAACACCGGAUUUGUUUGAUGUCAUUGGUGCAUAUGAUCCAAGAGAGCGGCCUUUCAGUAGUACCCAGGGCGAACAAAAAAAGAAAUGGUGCAACUUUUAUAUUCGUGACUUAGAGAAUAUGAAAAUGCAUUGCACUCUUUGGGAGAAUCAUGCGGAAACAUUCAUGAAUUAUCUGAAAACGCCCCGAACAGAGGCGGUUAUUGUUUUGCUCCAGCUGUGUCGUGUUAACACACGAUGGGGUGGUGGAACAAAGGGCAUUUCAAGUUCAUUUUAUGCGACUAAGAUGCUAAUUGAUGAGCAUAUCCCUGAAAUUGAAGAAUUUCGUGCGAGAUUUGCAGCCAUGAGAAACCCAUCUUCACGGUCCAACAGUGAAACACUGUCGGGGAUAUCAUCUCAUGUUGAUGGAAUUGAGAUUGGUACUACAAAGAAACUUUCUGAAUUAGCUACAACUAAUGAGAUCCGCGGAUGUUGGUUUUAUGCUAAAGUCAAGUCAAUCAUCAACAUAGACAAUUGGUCUUAUCUAAGCUGCUUCAAUCCAAAGUGCUAUAAGAAGGUGACCGGAAAGGAGGGGAAUGAGUUGAUUUGUAAAUGCGGCUUGCGUUCUUCGGAAGGAAUAUGGUGUUAUCUCUUGAAACUAAAGGUUGAGCAUAAGCUUUGUAGCGCCGAAGUAGUAUUUUGGGAUCGAGAAUGUAAGAGAUUGUUGGGGAAGGAUGCAUGUGAAUUCUCUGAUCAUCUUAACACGGAAACAUUUGGUCCUAAAAGUUGUCCUGAAGAGAUAAAACAGCUGAUUGGUAAGGAGUUUAUAUUUAAGAUAGAUCGUGAAGCUCCACCAUCUGUUCAUGGCAAAGUGUAUUACUUAGGGGGGUCAUCAGAUAAUAUGGACAAAAUAAGAGAGAUCAAAUCAUCUUUUGAUGAAAACUCGGAGUCAGAGGAAGAGGGGUACAAUUCUGAUUACGAUCUGGAUUUGCUGGAUGAUGAUGCUCCAACUCCAGUUGAAUCAAAUAUGACAGUUAUCUCCGAAGAAAUUGAGGACGUUAAGAGUACUCCACAAUCAUUGUCUAAGCGACCGUCUGAAGACGAGAUUGAUUGUGUUGAAGUUGGUGCAUCCACUCAAGGUUCAACUACUAAGAAGCUCAAAGCAGUGAAGAUAGAGAAGUCAUAAAU